CUCUCUGGAAUCAGCUCUGAGAUAUAUGAGCUGAAGCACUUAGUUAAGACACUGCUUUUCCGGCAUAUGAAGAGUCCCUCUGUGCUUACUGUUAUCCUUAUGAGCUUUGGCGUGGACGUUUAAUUUAACACAGAAGGAGAGUUAAUUAUUGGAAGAAGAAGAAGAAAAGAAACAUAACAAUGGGGCAGCUCACUCUGCCGGGGCGCAAGCCCCCCGUUCAUGGGUGUAAGUGUUUAAGAUGUCCCUGAGCAAUGGAAAAAGAGUGAACACCUCGACACUGAGGAAAAUAGCAGACGACAUGAGCAACAUAAUAGAAAGCCUGGACACCAGGGAGCUCCACUUCGAAGGGGAGGAAGUGGACACCGAUGUCCUUCAUGACCCCAAAACAUCUGUGGGCAUUCCAUUCUCUGCCAUUUAUAACACUAAGGGCUUUAAAGAGGCCCAUCUACAGAUCUACCUAACUGGCUGCCCAAUUCGAGUACGUGUUUUGGAAGUGGAGCGUUUUACCUCAACAACAAAGAAAGUUGCUAUGCUAAAACCAGAGGAUGACAUCUGUGUUUCAUCUUUAGAAGAGAAUGUUCAUCCUAAAUGUGAGAGAACAGAGCUCCAGGAAUUCCACAGGGAACUGCUUCGAUACAAAGCUUUUGUUCGGAUUCCCAUUCCUACAAGGAGACACACUGUCCGAAGACAAACCGUCAAAAGGGCAGAAGCUACGCAAAUGCCGAGUCUACCACGCACCUCUGAGAACAUGGUCAGAGAAGAACACCUGUCCAGUAGAAGAAAACAACUAGAAGAUUAUUUAACAAACCUCUUAAAAAUGCCCUUGUACAGGAAUUACCAUGGAACGAUGGAAUUCCUUGGUGUAAGUCAGUUGUCAUUUAUCCAUGAUCUAGGACCGAAGGGCAUAGAAGGCAUGAUCAUGAAGCGAUCUGGAGGUCACAGAAUACCUGGCUUGAAUUGCUGUGGGCAAGGAAGACUGUGCUAUCGAUGGUCAAAAAGGUGGCUAGUAGUAAAGGAUUCUUUUUUACUCUAUGUGAAGCCAGACAGUGGAGCCAUUUCAUUUGUCCUGCUGGUGGAUAAAGAAUUCAGCAUAAAGAUUGGCAAGAAGGAGACAGAAACAAAGUAUGGGCUACGCAUAGACAAUCUCUCCAGGUCACUUAUUCUGAAAUGCAACAGCUAUAGGCAUGCUUUGUGGUGGGGCCAAGGAAUAGAAGCAUUCAUUCAGAAAAAUGGCAAGAACUUUCUCCAGCAUCAUAGAUUUGGCUCUUAUGCUGCUGUCCAGGAUAACACCUUGGUAAAGUGGUAUGUGAAUGCAAAGGGAUACUUUGAAGAUGUUGCAAAUGCCAUGGAAGCGGCCAAAGAAGAGAUUUUCAUCACAGAUUGGUGGCUGAGCCCAGAAAUAUUCAUGAAGCGUCCUGUAGUGGAAGGCAAUCGCUGGAGGCUGGACUGCAUUUUGAGGAGGAAAGCACAACAAGGUGUGAAAAUCUUUGUGAUGCUUUACAAAGAGGUGGAGCUGGCUCUUGGAAUUAACAGCGAAUACACAAAGCGUACCCUAAUGCGUCUACAUCCCAAUAUCAAGGUAAUGAGGCACCCUGAUCAUGUCUCGUCUACUGUUUAUUUGUGGGCCCACCAUGAGAAACUGGUGGUGAUUGACCAGUCCAUCGCUUUUGUUGGAGGCAUUGAUUUGGCUUAUGGCAGAUGGGACGACAACGAGCAUCGUCUAACUGAUGUGGGCAGUGCAAAACGGAUGACGGCAACCAAAUCGGAGUCUUCAACAAAUCUUUCGCCUUCAGCAGAGACAGCUGCAGCGCCAGCUGUUGGGCCUCAACCAGAGUCUGCGGUGAAACUCUCAUUGCAUGGAAACUUUGAUGACCCUCCAGAUCCUUCAAGAAUGAAAGGACUAGGAAGACCCAGGAAAUUUGCCAGAUUCAGCCUCUAUAAGCAGCUCCAUCGGCACGGCCUCCACCAUGCAGACAGUGUGAGCAGUCUAGACAGCGAGUCGAAUAAAGGCUCGAUCCGCAGCUUGAAGACAGGUGUUGGAGAGCUUCUUGGUGAAACCAGGUUCUGGCAUGGAAAAGAUUAUUGCAACUUUGUCUUCAAAGACUGGGUUCAGCUUGAUAAGCCCUUUGCUGAUUUCAUUGAUCGCUACACUAUGCCAAGGAUGCCAUGGCAUGACAUUGCCUCGGUUGUGCAUGGUAAAGCAGCUCGGGAUGUGGCUCGACACUUCAUUCAGCGCUGGAAUUUCACAAAGAUCAUGAAGCCAAAAUACAGGUCCCUUUCCUAUCCUUUCCUAUUGCCAAAAUCUCAACGAACAGCAGAUGAAUUGAAGUACCAAGUCCCAGAAUCUCUGUGUGCCCGUGUGCAGGUGCUGCGCUCUGCUGCUGAUUGGUCGGCUGGCAUCAAAUAUCACGAAGAGUCCAUCCAUGCUGCAUACGUCAGUGUGAUAGAAAACAGCAAGCACUACAUAUAUAUAGAGAACCAGUUCUUUAUUAGCUGCGCCCAUGACAAGGUUGUAUCUAAUAGGAUUGGCGAUGCCAUCGCACACCGUAUUCUCAAAGCCCACAGGGAGAACAAACGGUACCGAGUCUAUGUGGUCAUCCCCCUUUUGCCAGGAUUCGAAGGUGACAUUUCAACUGGAGGAGGAAAUGCACUGCAAGCCAUCAUGCACUUUAACUACAGGACUAUGUGCAGAGGAGAUAAUUCGAUCCUGGGACAGCUGAAAGCUGAGAUGGGAGAUCAAUGGAUUAAUUACAUCUCGUUCUGUGGACUUCGAAACUAUGCUGAGCUAGAAGGGAAACUUAUCACGGAGUUGAUCUAUGUUCAUAGUAAGAUGAUGAUCGUUGAUGACAACACAGUCAUCAUUGGCUCUGCUAACAUCAACGACCGCAGCAUGCUGGGGAAACGAGACAGCGAAAUGGCUGUCGUUGUGCAGGACACGGAAACCAUUCCUUCUGUGAUGGAUGGCGAGGAAUAUGAGGCUGGAAGAUUUGCUCAGUCCCUUCGCCUACAGUGCCUUAGAGUCGUUCUUGGCAGUUCAAUAGACCUGAAUGAUAUCCUAGAUCCAAUUAGUGACAAAUUCUUCAAGGAAGUGUGGGUUGCUACAGCUGCAAGAAAUGCCACCAUUUUUGAAAAGGUUUUCCGAUGCCUUCCCAGUGACCAAGUCAACAACUUAGCCCAGCUACGGGAGUUCAUCACGGUACCAAAGAUCGCUUGUGAGAAUCCUGCUAAAGCAUCAGAAGAACUCAAAAAGAUCAAAGGAUUUCUAGUCCAGUUCCCCUUUCGCUUCCUGGAUGAAGAGAAUUUGCUUCCUUCUGUUGGAACAAAAGAAUCCAUGGUGCCCAUGGAGACUUGGACUUAAGAGGAUUCCAUCUUGGUGGAAAUUGCUUUUUUUAAUUUUAAAAAAUCAAGGAAACAAGGAAAACAGGUUGGGUUUGUUUUUUUUUGAAAGAAGUAAAACACAUCUGGAAUGGAUUGUGAGUACACAGGACCUUUUUGCCAUAGGGGGAAAAGUCUGCGCUGAUCCCCAAGUGCCUUUGGAUGAAAGAAUUUCAGACAAUGAAAUAGCAAGUUCAGGAGGAACAAAAGAUAACUGACAUGUUCUGCUCAUUGAUACAAGACAGCUAUAUCUAAGGGUAUCGGGAGUCAAGGGAAUGCAAGCCACUUUUUCUAAAAGACCACAGAUCACAUUUUAAGACCCUGCUGUUCUUCUGUGCAUGUUUACUGUGCAAGGCUGGCGGCGCAAACAGAAUUUUCAAGCUCUGUGAUAAGCAACCGGAUUAAGGCACCGUCCUUUAUCAUCAUCGUUAUUGGUACCAGACAGUGAUUGGUACCCAAUUUCUGCAAUGAUAACUAAAGCCACUGCUUAUAGGAAUUACCUCUCGUACUGAGAAAAGUGAAUAUGCAUCCAUAUGUCUGCUCUAAAAGCAAUGCACCGAAUACUGAGCUCUGUGCUGUGAACAUGCUUAUGUUGUGAUUAUGUGGAGAUGGUCCCAUAGUGAUUAGUAAGCUAUUUCUGUUGGUUAAAUUUUGGAGGCUAUAUUAUCUAGCUAGAUGCUCUUUUUCAACGACUACUUUUUUUUGAUGUUCUGUGAAUUGUAACAACUGCUGGGAAACGCUGCACGAUGCCCUUUCAGCACAACUGUGAUUGCUAUCUGUUGAGUAGGUUGUAAAAGUUUGUCCGCAGCUUCUUUGCUUUUUAGUACUGUAUUUAGAACAAGAAAUAUUCCUGCAGGGUUUACAGUUAGUGACAAGUCUCGGUGUGUUUUUACGGAAUGCGUGAAACAGCUGCUAGCCCAUAUGGCUUGUGGGCAAAUCCAUUCAGCAAUAGAUGAGGUUAGAAUCCUAGGGCUGUGGUGGAGGAGAGGGCCUUUAGCCCUGUUCAGAUGUUCAGAAAACCAUCAAUUAGGAAGCAUAAGCAGAGAGAGAUUUCUAGCCCUGGCUCCUGCCUGUCCGUGGGGGAGGGGACUAUCUGAACAGGAAAGCUUUUGCUAGAUAUGGGGCGUCUCUAUGCAUUUAGAGAUCCUGAAAAAUAAGAGUUGUGUACCGAGGCUCCACACGGAGCAGUCGCCUAUUCCAAUGGUCCCUCUUCAGGUAGAGACAGGGACACUUCCAAAUUAACGUUUUUUGAACAUCUGAAUGGGGUUUUUAAGGGUCUCAGUAUUUCUACAACAAAGCUAGCAAAGCAGUAUCUUACUGCAAGUCACAUUUCUUCAACAGCAUUUCCUUUCUCCUAUCGUUAACUAUUAUAGCUAAUUUAAAACUGAAAUACCAAUUUCCCUGAAGUCAAGCUUUUGGGGCCACUGACAAUUCAGAAAUGUUGAUAGCAGACAGAGACUGGAAACAUUACAUUUUGGGGAAUGCAGUUCCUAGAACCCUGUAUCUUCAUACUGGCUGUGGUAUUCCCCAGAGUUAUAGUCCCCCAAAAUCACUUUUUCUGUCUUUGGUAGUAAGCAAUCUUUGGUUCUGUUGGCUAAUGACCAGAAAGAGCAAACUCUCACACCUGAGCAUAUCAAAACUUUAGUUAUAGCCUUUCUUUACUUUGAAGAUUGUUUUACUUUUUUGCUUGGUGGAGAUGCCAGCUCCACAUGUGUGGUAUCCCCACUGCUCAAGCUCCUACCAAACGUUUGUCUUUUUCUCUGAAUUCAAACAGUGAGUUUUUAAUGGGCCAUAUGGCCAAAAUCCUAUUGGGUGCAGUUUGCCUGCACAAAAGGAAUGACAUCAUCCUCAGUGAUAGAUUCCUGCUGACCAAAAUCUAUCUUUUGCAAUUUUGUGGUGCACAUUAUUUUGUUGCAUCAUGCGUGAGCCACGUGCACUCCAGCAUGGCAAAAGAAAGACUUCCUUUCUAGCACUAUUUUCUUCUGAACAAGCACAGGAACCUAAUUCAAUACCUGCCGCCAUCUACUAGAGGAAGCAGACAGAUGAAUUUGUACUGUAUCCCAUAGCUCUAAAAGGUUAUGGCAAUCGUUUUUAUAGACACACACAUAAAGUAUAACUUGUAUUUCCAUCUUCAGUUCAAACACUUUUUUGCUUCUAUAGUAAACCAUUUUAUUAGUCAUAGAACAGUGCCUACUUCAUACUGAUAAAUGCAAAACAUCAACAUUCCCCAAGGGCAGGCCAACUGCCCAGCUUAAUAGCAAGUUGCUAGUGUACCUGUUACUUCAUGCUACAGAUUAAGGGUAUAAACAGAAAUCAUGUGCUUUCUUUACAGUCAGUGAUUCAUCAGUGUCCUUUUAUCUUUCAAUAAUUCAUGCACAGCAGCUUUUUAAGAUAGAACCUGUGUGGUUGACGUUUGUCUCCCUUGAAGUGCUGCAUAUUGUUGCUGUCAUUUUACUCUUGCUCAGGAAGUAUUAAUUUUUGCAUUGAUUCCAUUGCAGUCAUUUGAAGUGAAGUUCGGGAACCCACCCCACUUAUUGACAAAUCUGUUUAAUGUAGGGGACUAUUCCGAUGUAUUGGGAGAGGAAUUGCCUUUGUGUUUCCGUUCUCUAUCAUUUUGCAGAAAGCUAUUGUACUAAGUCAUAGGGGGUGAAACUGUGACCCCAGAUGCCAAAAAUGAUACAGGUUGCAAGGACAGAGAAAGAAUAUAUAAAUUUAGCUUGUCUGCCUCUCCUCUCCUACACAGAUGUCUAGGAUAUGUGGGUCCCAGUGGGUCCCAGGACAGCCCCAAGAUUCUCCCAACCUGUAACCAUUGCAGAAGGACUAGUACUGGCUCUGAAAAGCUGCUUCCAAUUAGAGUACUGGAUAAGAUAAACCCAUGGGAUGAGAUGGCUGUAUCUAUAGUAAUUUGAUGUACGUCAGGAACAGGCAGAUUUCAGAUGUCACGGAUUUACUUUCUUAUUUGUGUUUUUUUAACAUUAGAAUGCAUCCUAUGCCCAGUUCAUACUAAUGGCUUGGGGGCAGGCAUACAUUCGGGGUUAAGUUACAGUACCCAUUGGAGUGUGCUGUUGGUCCAGGGAUUGGCUUUCAGUCAACUAAGAUCAUGGUUCUUUCACCCUUAAAUCCAUUACCAGUCCCCUCCCCAGCAUUACUAUUCCUUGCAUUUAGAUCAUGUUUAGGGCAGGAGUGUCUUAUGGUUACCACUCUGAAAGCAAAGGGAAUCAAAACCUUAUUGAUCUACUAUUGACUAUACAGGAGUCCAUGAAUAGAUUUCCAUCUCUCUUUUGCCCAUCUCUGAUUCAUAUGGCCCGCAAGAACUGAACUGCAUGUUGGUUUGCCUUUGUCAUGCCAAGCAUAAAGUUGGUGCAAGCUCAAUAUCUUCAUAACCAUUCCCUUUUUAAGAAGUUCACUUGGCAUUACAGACUUUACUCCUGUAUUGGCCCUGGAAGAGCCACUGCUGUUUGUGUGCCAGGAUGGCAUAAAAUGGUGCAUCUGCAGUGAAAAACAGUUUCUUUUUUAAAGGCUAGGAUAAUUUUUGACUAGCAUUUGCCAUGCUAGCAAAAGCUGACCUUUGGUGGGAAUCUGUAACCCAGACUCCACAGUUCAGAAAUGCCAAGCUAUGUCUAUGGGUGUGAAUCUCAGCAAUGUAUUAUGUACUAUCACCUCAGCUGUAAUAGGAACAUUUUAUACUAAUUAUAAUUACCUUUGAACAUCUCAGAUUAAGGGACUGGGAGCAUUAUUAACCAAAAUACCACAUGGUCUUCCUCCCAUAUGGUCCUACAUGCUCAUUUAGGUCUUCAUCACAAGUCUUGCUUCAUGAUUUCCCCACUGCUGUCUGAUGUGCAGCUGGCGGCGCAGAGAACAGGGCCUUCUCAGUUGUGACACCCAGCCUAUGGAAUCAAUCAUGGACUUCCAUUCCCUGUUGGUGUAGCCAGAUGAAGAUGACUCUAUUCCAGUGUGGCUUUGGCAUGAGUGAAAAUCAAAGAGGUUCUCCCAUUCUUUAUAUUCUAGGGUGGUUAUAGUUAUGCUGUCCUAUCUGAUUUUCUGUAUCUCUCUAUUUUUAUCAUUUGUUGUUAUUUUAUUUGUUGUUUUUACUGCUGAUUGCUUGCUCUGUUGGGGGAGGAAGGGCAAGCUCAAAUCAGUUUACUAAAUAAAUAAAGGUGUAUUUUUUUAAUAGACAGGAAGACCGUAUACUUAGUUUUCUACUAGCCUCAUGACUUUGGGGACCUUUAUGAAAACUUGAUUGCCCAUCGCUGCUGUAAUUGAUAACACUUUAACGUCUGCCGAACCAAGACUCUGUGAGGUUGAAGGACAAAAAGCACUAUUGAUUGAGACAGUCCUGCAACCAGCACAGAAUCAAAAUGAAAGCCACAGGCUAAUGGAAUUCUAAGGUUCUUUCCGUCUGACUUUUUAGGGAGGGAGACAAUGUCUCUCUGUUUUUUUCUUGCAAUUGUCACUGAGCCCUUUGUUUUCCCAGCAGUGCUGUUUUCCUAAAAUAGAUGUUGAUGCUGAGAAUAAUUAUAUUUUAUUUGUCUCCAUCCUUGACACGUAGAUAAUGGAAGGAAAACAAAGUUAGCUUUUUAAUUGGCUGACUAAACUCCCUUCAUUUAAAUUUAGAGUUCUCUGAAUAAACGCAGUGGCAAUAGAAGCCUGUUCAUUUAUUUCUUUAAAGGGGCUGAUAAAAUUUUAUGUAUCUGUGCAUCUACAUGAAAACUGUGAUGAAUAUGCCUUCUGUGAAGGAUCUGGGCUUUCCAUUUGUUUUCGGCUUUGGGUUUUGUUUAUUUUUUUUUAAUAUUGCAAGUCUUGCUAAUGGCUGCAUUCAUUGUUAUCCUUCCUGCCUCUGCCUUUGUAAAUGGGAAUACUGCACUUAUAUGUUCAUCACUUGAGAAAAAAUAUAAUUAUAAUGUAAUGUUAAGAAAUGUUGGCAUGAUGAGUCUUCUUUCCAGAAUCUAAGGCACUCAAAACCCCAGCCUCCUUUCAUAAUGGAUCAAAUAUGAUGUACUUUUCUUACUUACUUCAUUUAAGGCCACAGCUAAGGUGAUUUUAUUUCAAUAUUAAUUUGGCAACAAAUAGGAGCAUGCAGAAACUGGAUUUGGUAUGGCAGAGCAAAAAGACCUAACAAGAAAUACUGGGUAGAGUACAAUGUGCCCAAAUUGUCUCCCGGUAAUGCAAGAAUAGGAAUGCAGUAACAGGAAAACAUAUCAAACAGCCUUACCAUAAUAGUCCCCAGGUCCUUUAGUGACAUUAUAAUUUAAUUUAAUUUAAUGGCAUUCCUUUGCCUUGCCUUAAGAAGAAGUAUUUGUUGCCUGAAGGAUGUUGUGAAAGAAUAGAAGCACAUAAAAUGAUGGUCUCUCUUCUCUCCCUGGGUGAGUAUGAGAUGCUGCUGGGUAUCUAGGGCUGGACUACAAGAGAAAAAGAUGACUUAUAUAGCUGGGGGCCUGAUUCAGCAAGGCUGUCCCUACAUUAUAUCAUUACCUAUGUUAGCUGUGGCUUCAUGGAGUAGGUGGGAAGCCAGUUUUGCAAAUCUUUUCAGCCCUGGACAUCUGGAAAAGUUACUAAUACUUCUCACCAAAAGCAACAACCUUGAGUAGCUGCAUAUAAUCUGUUCUCACCCUGAGUCCUACUAGUUCUUGUGAGCCACAGAAACGAAAAUUGAGGCGAAGCCAUGUUAGCAGUUGGUUGCACUAAGAACAACUAGAAUAAUGUAUUCUUGAAGGCUUUCAUGGCCAGGAUCUGAUCGUUGUUGUGGGUU